AUGGACGAGCGGUUCAUCGGCGGAUUCGCUGCACCUCCUUCUCCGCUACCCCCAGCGGUCCCUCCAAAAGAUAAUGACUACUUCGGGACGCAGACGCAGACGAGCAGCCAACCUUCGUACUUGGAUCCCAGUCACCUCACGCACCUGAGUGCAGUCGAAAGGUCGCGCAGCCUCAAGGGUGCGCGCAUGGAACCGCAUUUGCAGUUCAUGGUCGGACCUCUGUUGCGUUAUGACACGGUGGACGCGCAAGGCGUAUGGCACGGCGCGGCUCUCAUAGUCACUGCCGAUGCUGGCUCCGAAUACGAGCCGCAUCCCAACUUGUCGUACGAGUGGGAUCCUGAUGCACCGCCCGUCUUCCACAGGGGUCAUCGGCGUAACGUGAUGUCCUUUGACCUCCCUCCGCACCCCGCCGAUCCGCACUCUGUUUUCGUGGGUGCAGACGGUGAGAUUGACGGCGCCCUACGAAACUCCGUUGACCUCUGGGAUACGGAUAGGACUUUCACGUUUUGGAGGUUUCUUAUCCAGAUACCACUGGGGCCACACGAAAUGCGGAUCAAGUAUUAUAUAAACAAUGGCCAGGAGAUGGACUUCUGGGUGCCUGGGAUCGGUCAAAAUAUGCGCUGGGCCACGUAUUCGUGCAAUGGCUUCAGUGCUGGCGUGAACCCCGAUAAUUUCCGUGGGCCUGGAUUUCAGAGCGGUUAUGACCCCGUCUGGGUUGACCUGCUAUCGAAGCACCAGGAAGAGCCGUUCCACGCUCUAGUCGGCGGGGGUGACCAGCUGUACUGCGAUGGACUCACGCGAGAGCCUGAACUGCAAGGAUGGGUGACACUAACCAAGCCAGAAGCUAAGAAGCAAUACCCCUUAAGCGAGGAAAUUGUUCUCGCUAUAGAUCGUUUCUAUUUCAAUCACUACUGUCAAAGCUUCAGGAGCGGUGCCUUUGCCAGGGCUAAUUCCUCCAUUCCGAUGAUGAAUAUGUGCGAUGAUCAUGGUGCGUACCCUCACUAUAGGUUAAUUGAUGGUUUCGGAAGCUAUCCCGACGAUCUACAGUUGUCACCAGUUUUCAGAAGAAUCGGGUCUCGCGGAUAUUUCUUCUUUUUAUUGUUCCAGUGCUUCAUCAACCCUGAGGUGGACGGGCUCGAUGACGGUCUGGGUAAGCAUGUGAACAAGUCCUUGAUCAUCGGUGGACCCGGUCCCUAUGUUCCAUACCCGUCGCAUUCAUUCUUAUCAUACAUGGGACCUAAUGUGUGGAUGUUACUUUUGGACUGCCGUGCGGAGCGUCGGAAAGACCAAGUAUGCAGCCCUCUGGAGUACCAGAAGGUUAUGCAGAGGCUGUGGCAAAUACCCGCCCAUGUGGAGCAUGUAGUCGUGCAGAUCGGGAUUCCUAUCGCGUAUCCCAGAAUGGUGUUCAUGGAGACUAUGCUCGAGUCGAAAUUCAAUCCCCUCGUUGCCUUGGGUAGAAAUGGGUCUAUGGGCUUGACCGGUUUUGUCAAUAAAUUCAACGCCGAGGCCGAGCUCCUUGAUGAUCUGAAUGAUCAUUGGACUGCCACGAGCCACAAGAAAGAACGGAACAUGUUCAUCCAGCAGCUGCAGGAUUUCGCGUUGCAGAGACAUGUGCGGGUAUCAUUCCUAUCGGGUGAUGUGCACUGUGCAGCGGUUGGCAUGUUCAUGACUUUUGCCGGUAAGAAGGGCAAGGCGGUGCCUCCUCCAGUGGACCACAGGUACAUGAUUAAUGUUGUGACCAGCGCUAUCGUGAACACGCCGCCUCCGGCGGGAGUGAUCACGAUGGUCGCCACACUUGCAACCAAAGUCCACCGAACCAUGCACUACUGUCACACUGACGAGACCAUGAUGCCAAUCUUCCAAAAAGAUACGAACGGUACCCCACUAAAAAAUAAGUACAUCAUGGGCAGGAGAAACUGGUGCGGUGUACGAUGGGACCAGGCCAGCGGCGAUCUUGUGUUCGAUAUUUGUGUCGAGAAGGAAAAGGGCAUCGGGACAACCGUCCCGUACCAAGUACGUGCUCCACCACCUCGCUGGAACUCCUGA